UGUCAGGAGAUAGCUGGGUGGCAGGGACAGGGGAAAGGGGCUUUUCUCUGUGGCCCCCUGGAAAAAGCCAUGUAAGAUCAGUGGCUUGUCAAGACAGAAGAAAAUAAUUCGAUUUAUCAUCCAAAUUUGCAACACAGAAGAUUGACCUAAGAAGACACUGGAGUAAAAGAGGACACAUUGAAGUUUGUAUGAAGAAGUGCGUCCCGGAGCUUAAUGGACACGUAAAACUACCCAAACCAACUCCAAGAGAAGAAACCCCCUUAAGUUCAGCACCAAGGAUAUCUGCAGACGGUUUUGAUGUCAGGUGAAGGUGAAGUCAGACUGACGGUAUCUUUAGCCACGAAACAGACUACAAACUUUACUUUCUGAUCGCUGCGCACUUCGGGUGAGGCAUGAGUGGAGGUCGCUUUGAGUUUGACGACGGUGGGGCUUAUUGUGGCGGCUGGGAGGGGGGAAAAGCCCACGGCCAUGGCAUCUGCACCGGACCCAAAGGCCAGGGCGAGUUCUCCGGAUCCUGGAACUACGGUUUCGAGGUGGUGGGGGUCUACACCUGGCCCAGUGGAAACACCUAUGAGGGGUACUGGUCGCAGGGCAAGCGUCACGGCCUGGGAGUAGAAACCAAAGGACACUGGAUUUACAAAGGGGAAUGGACUCAUGGCUUCAAAGGGAGAUAUGGCAUCCGGAUCAGUGUGGGCAGUGGAGCAAAGUAUGAAGGGACUUGGAAUAAUGGGCUUCAGGAUGGAUAUGGAACAGAGACAUAUGCUGAUGGAGGUACUUUCCAGGGUCAGUUCACAGGCGGGAUGCGGCAUGGCUAUGGCGUCCGGCAGAGUGUCCCUUAUGGCAUGGCAGCAGUUGUCCGCUCCCCUCUUCGUACCUCCCUGACCUCCCUUCGCAGCGAACACAGCAACGGCACCGUCCUACAGCAAGACAUCCCCGCCAUCACCACCACCAACGCCUCAGGAGAGGAGACACACGUCACCACCCCCACCCAGCUGGGACCGUCCCGUGGAGGCUUCGCCCUCACGCUCCAGGUGGACCCAGAGGCGGUGAAACCCAAGAAGAAGGGCCUGUUUCGAAGAGGCUCGCUGCUGGGUAAGCUGAAGAAGUCCGAGUCAAGUACCUCGCUGUCCAGCCAGAAGAGCAAGAUCAGCUUCCUGAGGACCGAAUCGGCUCUGAGCUCCAACGCCAGCGACACCCACUCCACCAUCAGCAUCGGGGACGACAGCCUCGCCGGGGCGGAGGAUUUCCCCCCGUUGGAGGCCGACAUCGACGCCACCACCACUGAGGUCUACAUGGGCGAGUGGAAGAACGACAAGCGCUCGGGAUAUGGAAUAAGCGAAAGGUCCAGCGGGCUGAAGUUCGAGGGCGAGUGGAUGAACAACCAGAGACACGGUUACGGCUGCACCACCUUCGCCGAGGGAGGGAAGGAGGAAGGCAAGUACAUGAACAACCUGCUGGUGAAGGCCGUGAAGAAGAGGAUGAUCCAGCUGAAGGGAACCAAGAUCAAGCAGAAGGUGGAGCGGGCGGUGGAGGGCGCUCAGAGGGCCGCUGCCAUCGGCAAGCAGAAGGCAGAAAUCGCUGCUUCCCGGACGACCCACUCGAAGGGGAAGGCCGACGGAGCGGAGCUGGCGGCUCUGGCCUCCAACAACGAGUCCAGCAUCGCCCGGCUGGUGUCCACAGAGCUGUCCCCCUCCUUCUACCAGCCAGGUCAGUGGCUCUGAGAGGAAGACUCAUCAUUGGCUAUAAACAC